AUGAGUGAGAGCACCUCCAGCGGCAAUGGGACAACCCUGAGCGACCUCUCCCCCUUGCUUCAGCCACCGUAUGACCCGGCAGCACACCACAGUGGCUCUUCUUUCUCGGCCGCCCUCGGCGGCCGAGAUCGGGACCAGACUCGGCGGACUUCCACGGGACCAACAGGAAACGCCGCACAGUUUCAUGCGGGCGGCAACUCUCGCGUUUCGUACCACGCCGCGGAGUUCCCGCCGCUCUCACCGAUGGCGCACGCUGGCGAGUACAUGUACGCGAUGGAUGCGCGUAACAGUCCACUGAGCGUCUCGGGUACCUCCCUGGACUCCGUCGGGCUGGAGGACUCACAAAAGCACUCGUACCACCCCAUCGAUUUUGUGAGGAGCGGUACAGAAAACGUUGGCUCCCUCAAGAGCGCCGGCCCAAUGCGCCCCCUCAGCGUCUCCAAUUACCCCUCCGCCGCAAAAGUGGCGUCAUUCACACCAGUCCUCAGCGCCAAGAACUCCAUUGCCUCGCCACCAGAGAAAGCCUUGUCGUCUGUCUCGACGCAGGUCCUCGUACACUCACGAAAGCCAUCCGGUGCAGAGAGUGGAGCAAGCGCGCUGCUGGAAGGCGGCACCCCACCUCUCCUCUCCCCUGCCUCGCAGUCCGAUUACCCGAAAGAGUCUACCGCAAAGGUGGCGGCCGCCUCCUCCGGCUUCCUCACUUCACCUCACGCAACAGUCGCGCCCUUGCAGCGCCAUCCAUUCCCUAAUGUGCGUAGCCAGCUGUCAACCCAGCCCAGCCAGCUGGACGCCACUUCAACAGAGCUGCCCAGAACCGUGUGCGAUGCCUCCCCGAGCCCUCUGGCAGAGUCGGGCGCUGACCCUCCCCCCCUCCCAGAACCGCUGCGGUCACAGCUGCAUGCAUUCCCCAAUAGCAGCGUCCAGGCGCACAAGCUGUCCACACCCUUCUCGGACACCUCACAUGGGGCAAGCAGACCAUCUCUGGUUCCCGCCCCGCCGCCCUUGACUUUGCCGGUCUGUGACAGCCCGCGCAGCUCAGAGGGAGAUGUCCUCGGGUUGUGCAGCGGCAAACCACCGAGCAUACCGCUCGCACGCACGACCCAUGAGACCCCGCUGGCCUUGCUAGCGAUCUGCCGCAGCAACAAUAGCGACGGCAGUGGUGAGGGCGUCCAGGGGAAUGGAGGGAACGGUGCAGCGAGCCUUAACCCCUCUUCCUCCACAACCUCGCCGCCGCGAAGCGGCAGCGGUGCUCGUGCACGACCGAACACGCAGCCGUCACCCCCACCGACUGUGCCUGAGGCACCACCACCACAAGGCCCGCCGUCGCUACGCCCUCCACCGGCGCGGGCACCCGGUGCAUCACCCCCCGCUUCCAGUGCAACCGCCUCAUCGCCCUCUGAGUCGACCUCCGGACAUGGUGGGCCCCAGUUACUCAUCUUGACCCCCACACUGAACUCACCACCGCGACCGCAGCUGCAGCCAGAGCGGCCGGCACCCGCUGACCUGGUGCACUUUGCACCGCUCAUUCAGCAGUUCGACUUUCGCAAGAGGGACAUCAAGAGUAUUGCAUGCACCAGCGUCUUCAGUAUCGCUGACGUGAAGACGUUGGCAGUGAAGCUGCGGCUGCUGCGGCACGAGGUACUGGGCCGCGCCGAGCCAAUCGCCAACAUCCAGCAGGCCGCCAUGAGGGCAGGACGCGUGAAGACGCUAACGUCCAGCAACCCGAGCAAGCAGCGCGCAUCAGCAUCAGCAUCGGCAGUGGCGCCGCCCGAUGUGGCACCCGCACCGCCGGGUGUGGUCGAUGUCUUCGACUUUCACGACACCUUGGCCGUCUUUGACAACCCUACCCUAGCCAUCAGCUUUGCGCUCUGGGGUAGCGUGGCGCCUCACAACGACUUGGUGAGGGCUCUGUGGGAGUUCUGCGCGCCAAAUCGUUGCCCGCGCAGCGGCGGCGAAUCCAGACCACGAGACGGGGAUGACGACGCCUCGGAAGCAGAGAGGCAACGCACAGCUGCCGUGGCCGCGGCGGCAGCGCCCGCAUCGACGCUGGCGGGCCCCCAAACGCGCAUUUGUGUGCGCUUCUCGUCCGUGCUGCGCUUUUUGAACCACUGCGGUAUCGAUGCGCUCAUCAUGUCACCCGACCGCAAAGCCGCCACCUCGUUCUGUGCAAAGCACCCUCAUGUACACCGAGGCAGCCGUCGGCCCUCUGCCGACGUCAUGCACACGACGCAGCGGCGUCGUGUGCUCGUCGCCCUGAGCUACGACCGCGAACAGGGACUGUGGUGCCCCCUGACCACCAGCAGGCCUAUUCGCCAAGUGGCAUCGCAGUGGCGCGAAUACCAGCGCUCCCAGCGGCUGCAGACGCGGCGCAGAGCCGGUCGUGGAAAGCACAAGGCCCCCGCCGUGACUGCCGUACAGGCGAAGGAGGAUGCCGUCGAAGCGAGGGUAGAGACGUGUGAGCAGCACCCAGCUUCCCAUCCACAACAGCCGCAGCAAAGCGAACCGGGUGGUACAGGCGCAGCCGCAGAUAAGGCCCCACACAUUGUCGUCACUGUUCCGGGCAAUAGCCCUAGCGAUGGCAGCAAGACACCGUCGUUAAAGUCGGGAAAGCAGCCGCCCUUUCACGCGGUUCUCUACCCGAACCUCGUGCAGACGGACGUGGGUUUCACGCUGCUUCUCCGGCAAGGCUUACAUCCACUCUUCAGAACGGUGUGCGUGCGCCUCACGGUUGGCGUGUCGCUCGGUUGCAUCGCGGUUCUCUUCGGUCUCGCGUUGAUCGUGUACGCCACGAAGACGACGGACGUAUGCCUCGUUGACGUUCGCGUGAGUCAGUGUGUUGACGUCGGCAGCAGUGGAAACAGUGACGGCCUCGCCAGCGCCAGCGACUCCGGCUGCCUCGGGAUCCUCUCGAGUCUCUUUCCCCCCGCAUACCACGCUGGUCUCUCGAAUCGUCACCUCUACGGACCGCCCGCGGCACCGGGCAAGUGUCUCAUUGUGAGCAUCUGCUGCAGCUUUGCCGCCCUCCUCGACAACGUCCUCAUCGCGUACUUCGCGGUUCGCUAUCUAGCCCUCGGCGGCGCUCAGCCAUGCUUCUUUCACCUUCUGCGCAGCAUCCAAGCGGUGCUCGGCGCGAUUGCGUGCGCGUUCUCCGCCUAUGUUCUGUCUAUCUUUCAUAGGCGCCUCCACGUGGUGCCGUGCGCUGCGCUCGCCGCCGGCGACGCCGUGCUGUGUACGGCGCACCUUGAGAGCUGCAGCAAUCGCUACGCCUACGGGGCGCAUGGUCCUCUAAGCGGCACUAACGUUGCCCUUGUCGUGGCCUACGUGUAUCUCGCCCUGUGCGUGCUCCACUGGCUCGUAGCUGCGCUGCCUGUCCUUCCGCGCACUGCCACGCAAGACCGGAUUCCUACCGCAACACCAGACACGUACACAUUCCGUCCAAGCCUGUUCGCCCCAGAUGGCCCCACACCGAUAGAGGUGGAGCAGCUCCGGCAAGCAAUGCAGCAGCCGCUGCGGCAGGAGCUGCGUCACUGCGUUCAAGCGCGGGGUCGACUCCUGACAACCACGACGACGAUUGGCGAGGUGAUGCAGGCGAACCGCCUGAAGAGCUUGAAGAUGACGGAACUGAACGAGGAGCGGCGCCGGCAGCGAUCACGGCCGUUUCAGCUGCGAUCACGCGACGACGACGACAACGGGCAGCGUGCGCGAAAAGCCCACCGCGGAGAACGACGGCGAUACGUGAUGGUGAAUGCGAAAGGCGAGACGGUGAGCAGUCACCACAGCAGCCGUUCGGCCUCAGCGAGCUCGUCUGACCUCGGUGGCGGCGAUUGCAGCAGCUCGGUCGUGCUGGCUGCGCGGCUGAUGCAGCGCGUGGCGGAGAUCGGCUCCAGAGUGCAAGAACGCGGCUUACCCAGAACGACCGCCAACACAUUCGGCUCCGACGGCUCUGUGCUCUCUAAUAUGCCGGGCGAAGGGCAGGUUUCGUCCUUGCCUGUGUCGCACCCGUCGAGCCGCCUCGGUGGCCCCCAGGAACCAUCGUCCAGCUCCCCAUCGACCACCGGUGCGUGGGCGGUCGUGGUCACAGACGAGGAGUCGAUCGUCUCUAAAAGCGGCGGCGGCGAUCUCGCCCGGCAGGGUGGUGCGCGAUCGCUGCCUGUGCCCCUUUCUAGUCGUCUGUUAGCCUCAACGAAUCUCGUGGCCUCUCCCAUCGGCACCUCUUCUGCAAGGGCAGGGUUAGGGCGAGCGUCUGCUUCGUUCAUACUCACCAGCAAAACCUCUGUGCACGCCUUGCCGACGGCGUCGGCUGAGAGGUACCGCCAUUCGCGCGCGUCUCAGCACGCUAGAAUGACAAGCGUACGCUCUGCUGCUGUUUCCGCCGCAGUCUCGCCAGCGCUGGACGUGGAGAUUGACCGCAUUGUGGAGCGGGUGCGUGCACGCAAGGAGGCCUCGAUUGAUGGCGCUACAUGA